UUCCGGUUUGACGGUGAAGGCAUCGCUGCUAACAGGAGUUAGCUUGUCGUGUUGUAGCUAGCUCACCUCUCUUCUGGGAUCUAUAUUAAGAUUAUCAAACUUUAUAAUCAUGUCCUUUAAAAGAGAAGGUGACGAUAAGAGCCAGUUAAACAUCCUGAAGAAGCGACGUGUGGAAAAUCUCCUGUCUCACUUUAUUCCGGAGGACGAAGCAGCUCUGAUGAAAAAUGGAAGAUAUUCCUGCCUCGUGUGCUCGUAUCGUCCUGUGUUUGACACCGUUGACAUGUUGACGGUUCACAGAAACGGGAAAAAGCAUCUGGAAGGAUUAAAAUCAUUCUAUGGCAGAAAGACACAGCUGAGAAAUGAAAUAACAAAGAGGCGACAUGAAAACUACGUCCAGGUCGAAGACGGGGGACAGGAACCGUCCAGCUCAGCCCCUUUACUGGAACAAACCCGAAAGCUCACACAUCACGCUCUGUUGAAAACGGUACCGUACAACAGCUGCCAUCGAAAAACCAGCACAAAGUCUGAAAAAGAACCAACGAGCAUUAGCUCAGUCGUCAGUGACAGCGCUCACUGCAAAACUGCAUCUGAGCAAGAAAACACAAGUGAAGCUUCAAACUCUGCUCCAUCGGGAAGCUCCAGUGGCUCCACAGCAGAUGUUUUUUCUCCUGCAGACAAUAAAGACUUAAAUCCAUCGCAUGAUGCAAAGGCGUCUCAGCCAAUCACAGCCGAGAGGAGGAGAGAGCUGGAGCACUACCUCAAACUGAAAAGCGACGGGUGGCUACAGGACCGAGGCGGCCAGUGGAUCAAAGACGAGAAUGUGGAGUUUGAUUCAGACGAGGAGGAGCCUUCGUCGCUCGUCCACUCAGUGGACUAAGAACUGUGGGAAAACACGGAUGAACUUUUAACGUGGUGGUACGUCCUGAAGCCACGCUGCUGAAUGAAAUAACUGAGAUUCCACCUGUAGACUUCAACUGUUCAUUGAAUCACAUGAUUUCCUUGUGCUGGUUUCAGAGACUGUUACAUCUGUGCACUCACUCACCAGCAGUGAAAGAAAACCUCUAGUUUUCAUCCACCGCAACUCGUGAUUCUUUUAUUGUGCUGAAAACAGAUCGGACUAUUUAAUGAAAAGCAUCAUUUCCUCGCAGUCAGCUGAUUCUGUACGUCACAGCAUUUCAUUUACAGAAUCAGAUUUAGAAAUAGAUUGGGAGAAAGAUUGAAUCCACUGUGCUGAAAAUGUUCUGUUUUUGGUGCUGCAUAGAACGAGCAGACUUAAAGACAUGACGAUUCUAAUAAAAAAUAGAAU